CAUUUUCAUUGGACAGACGAGCGGUAGUGACAGGAAGCGGAAGUGUCGUUGGAUCAUUGUGCUCUUGGAGCUGGCGGCGGGAUAACUGUACGGCUGCUGGUAACUGUGACGGGCUUGUUUCUGAGUUUAAAAAACCAAAUCUCAGACCAAUGGGAGACAGUGACGACGAUUUGGAUCGGAGGCGGCGGGACAAGUUCAGGCGAGAACGCAGCGACAUGGAAAGGUCACGAGAGCGCGAGGAGAGAAGGAGAGACGACUGGCCCGACAGGGACUGGGACCGUGGCCGUGAGCGGAGGCGGGACUAUGACCGCGGCCGCAGAGAGAGGUUUUCUCCACCCAGACACAUCAGCCCUCAGCACAAACGCAUGAGGAGAGAAUGGGAUGACCACAGGGGGGAGCCGUACCGCUACGACCUGCCGUAUGGAGGAGGCGGGGCUCCAUUUCCAGGGGCGGGGCCUCAGGGCUGGCACCCAGACUUUCCUCACCUUCAUCCACAUCAUGGAGGCCACCCUCUACAGGGCAGGUUGGGGAUGGUGGAUCCAGACCUCCCUCCUCCCGGUCCUCCUACCAUGAGGAGCUUUAAGGAAUUCCUGUUGAACAUGGAGGACAGCGUGGACGAGACGGAGGCCGUGAAGCGCUACAACCAGUACAAGCUAGACUUCAGGCGGCAGCAGCUGCAGGACUUCUUCCUCCAGCACAAAGAGCAGGAGUGGUUCCGCUCCAAGUACCACCCCGAUGACAUCACCACGAGGAAGGCAGAGUCUCUGGCUGCCCUCAAAACCCGACUCGGCGUCUUCCUCUUCCUCAUGGACAACAACUGGCUGGACAACGUAUCGCUCGACAUGGACCACGCCCCUGCCAUCAUUAAACUCCUCGAUGCAGCUGUGAUAAAGAUGGAGGGAGGAACCGACUUUGACCUGCAGGUCCUCGAGGUUCAGGCGAAUGCAGCAGGAGCCGGUGGAGAUACGAGCGGAGGAGGAGGUGUAGGCGAGAACAGUCAGGCAGAUGCCAGCGGAGGAAGUGUGGGCGGUCAGACCAGCUCAGAGGCGACUGUAACUCAGAUGAAGGAGACGGCGAGCGGUGACGCGGGCGAUAACAAAGAAACAGAGAAGGAGUCAGCCGACGCCAAGCGUAACGGGAAGAAGGAGAAGGACGACGACGAGGAGGAGGAGGAAGAGGAGAAGAAAGAAGAAGAAGAAGACGAGGAAGAAGAGAAGAAGACCAAGAAAGGCAGGAAGAGGAAACGCAGCCUCUCAGCUGACAGCGGCGAGGGCAGUGCCUCCGACUCGGACUCCUCCCACUCUGAUGGAGAGAAGGAUGAGGACGAGGAGAAGGAGGAAGAGGAGGACGACGGAGAGGAUGAGCGUCGUAAAGAGCGAGGGAAAGAGAGGGAGAAGGAGGCUCCACCCAAGCCCCGCCCCCUCCACCUCACCACCUCCCUAUUCAUCAGAAGCAUCCCGCCAGAGGUGUCCAAGGAUGAGAUCACAGCUCUGUGUCGCAGAUACCCAGGCUUCCUGCGGGUGGCGCUGUCGGACCCUCAGCCCGAGAGGAGGUUCUUCAGGCGCUGCUGGGUGACCUUUGACCGCAGCGUGAACAUCAAGGAGACGUGCUGGAACCUGCAGAACAUCCGGCUCAGAGACUGUGAACUCGCUCCGGUGGUGAACAGAGAUCUGUGCCGGCGGGUUCGCAGCGUCAACGGUCUGACGCACCACAAACCGGUGGUGAGGAACGACAUCCGACUGUCAGCCCGACUCGUCCACAGCCUGGACCAGAGAGGGGAGCUGUGGACAGAACAGAUGGAGACCAACCCCAUCCUGAAGAACAUCACAGAUUACCUGAUAGAGGAAGUCAGUGCAGAGGAGGAGGAGCUCAUCGGCGCCUCUGGGGGCAACACCGAUGAUGCCGGUGACGCCAAGGACCCUGCCUCCUCUGACGUCACCUUGGAGACAGAUGAUAAGCUACUGAAGGUGCUGGACCGCCUGCUGCUCUACCUGCGUCUGGUUCACUCUGUUGAUUAUUAUAAUUUCUGUGAGUAUCCCGCCGAGGAUGAGAUGCCACACCGCUGCGGGCUGAUCCACGUUCGAGGACCCCUGCCUGUGGGCAAGAUCACUGCAACUGAGGUGAGUGAACACCAGCGGAUGUGCGAGGAGCGCCUGGCUCCGCUGCUCUCGCCCUCUGAGACUCUGAGUGAGGAAGAAGCGACAAGGCUGGGGAAGAAAGACCCGGAACAAGAGGUGGAGAAGUUCCUGUCGGCCAACACUCAGGAGCUCAGCAAAGACAAGUGGCUGUGUCCUCUGAGCGGGAAGAAGUUCAAGGCUCCCGAGUUUGUGCGCAAACAUAUUCUCAAUAAGCACGGCGAGAAAGUCUCCGGUGUCCGGCAGGAAGUUGAGUUCUUCAACAACUUCCUGUUGGACGCUAAAAGACCUGCCCUGCCUGAGAACAAGCCCCUCCCACCGCCUUCACAAGCCGCUCCUCCGGGUUUACCAGGAUUUCCUGGACAGUCGCCGCAGCAGCAGAGCCUUCUGGGAUAUCCGCCUGGAGUCAGACCACCCAUGCCCGGUUUCCCAGGCGGUGCACUCCACCAUCCACCAAACCAGUUUGGAGCUGGGCGGGGUAACUAUGACAACUUCAGAGGUCAUUUAGGAGGCGGCGGCGGGUUUUCUGGGAAACAGCGAAACAGCAGGGGCAUGCGAGGCGACCCUCGCUCCAUCAUCGAGUACAGAGACCUCGACGCUCCGGAGGACCUCGACUUCUUUUAAGCACCAGAAGCCCCAAGACUUUUUUUUUUUUUUUAAUAAAACACUUUUUUAUUCCUACAUUUCCCAUGAUGCCGUUCAUCUUCCUCAUACUCUAAUCUUUUUUCCUACAUAGGACAGAAACUGUAGAGCUGUGUGUGGGUGCGUGCGUUGCGAGUCUGUGUGUCAGCAGGACCAGUGUUACUGUCAGUCAUUAGUGAUGAUGAUGAUGAUGCGUGCCACUUUUCCAAUAAAGACCAGUACUGAAGGACUGA